AUGGCGGACGAUGCAUCGAGCAGUAGUGCCUGUACCGGCAAUUUAGUUGAUAAUUUAAUAAAUCAAGAUGAAUUGAUUAUGAAACAACAGCGGGAGAUAGAGAAAGAGAUUUCAGAAACGAUACCGCUAGUCGGGGAUCUUGAACCAUUAGGGUCUUUAGAAAAAGAAUACAACGAGGAUCCAGUGUAUCUUUUAAAAGUAAAAGAUCUAGCUUCCAAGUAUAAAAAUAUUAGAAGAACUCGCCCAGACGGGAACUGUUUCUUUCGGGCCUUCUCUUAUGCCUAUUUAGAACAUCUUCUCGCGGACAAAACAGAGUAUGAAAAGUUUUAUGAAAUAGCCAAGAACUCCAAGGAGAUUUUAGUCGCCUUAGGAUUCUCUCAGUUUACAGUAGAAGAUUUUUACGAGACGUUUAUGGAAGUAGUGCAGCGAGUGGGUGAGUACGCCGGUGGCUCAGCAGACAGCUUGGAUGAGAUUCGUGCAGAGUUGCACGAGAAGUUCAACAGACAGGGACACUCGGAUUACAUAGUUGUGUACCUGAGACUCGUCACUUCAGGACAGUUGCAGACACAGCACGACUUCUACCAGAACUUCAUUGAAGGCCCCCGUACUGUCACCGAGUUCUGUAGACAGGAAGUGGAGCCAAUGUACAAGGAAUCUGACCACAUUCAUAUAAUAGCUCUGAGCAACGCCCUAAACGUCGGAGUCAGGGUGAAAUACAUGGACCGUGGAGUUGGUAGUCAGGUGAUAGCCCACGAUUUUCCCGAGGGAUCAAAACCACUGGUCCACCUGCUGUAUCGGCCCGGACACUACGAUAUACUAUACGCGUGAUCAUUUCACUCACACCAACAAUAAACCUAAUUAUUCUAUUCAUA